UUUGGUGAUUUUUGGUGAAAACAAUCGCUGAAAACGGGGGAAAUGAGGUCUUGAAUGGUUGUAUUCUUCGAUUUUUUGAAGUGAUAUUUGAUUUUUUUCCUAAUUUUGUUCAUUUGAUCUGUCCUUGUUUUUGUUUCAUGUUGUUUUUUGUUGUGUUUUGGAUUUGAUCUGUUCUUGGUGCAGGUACUGAAGAUGUGGUUGCUGGGGGUGAGUAGGGAAGAGCAGAGAUCGCUAAACCCGUAUGAAUACUUAGAUUCUGGGAAAGAAGCCCUUUUUCGUGUCAGUGCUGUUGUUCCCUGAGGAGAAAUGGGGUAAAGAUUUCAUUUUUCCACAUAUUAUAAGAAGAAAACAUACAAAUUUGAAGUCUUCUACGUUUCUGCUUCAUUUCUCUUUGCCACCAUGUCUUGUUUUGCUUCUGGUAGAGAAACUUUAAAAGCUUCUAACGGCUGAGAUUGUAUCAAAUAGUUGUGAAGUGGAAUGCUCGAAUGGGCCUCAAAUUGAUGAGAGAACAUGGUUUUGAUAAAUCUCCCUCUGGGAGAUUUAAACAGUUGCAAGAUACAGCAAUAAAUCAAGAGAAGGGGGCUAAGAAACCUUUAAAACGGAAAAGAGCUUCAGUCGAGGAGAAUGUGAUUGGUGCAGAUAAGGAGUCUUUGAUCACAAAAUAUCGCCACGAGCUUGAGGAGCUGUUCGAGUACUACAAUGAGGUUUCGUCUUAUAAGUUGCGUUUGGAUGAUUAUGCUCUGUUGUCGAACAAUUCAGUGGUUGCCUGCUUGCUGGAGGAGAGCAGUCUCCCCUUUUCCAAGUUGGUGGAUGAGAUUUAUGUUAAGUUGAAGGCAAGAGGGGGGAAUUGGGAAGGGAUUACAUUGGCAUCAGUCCGUAGUACAGUGCUUUUCAUUGGGCAGAGAGUGAUGUAUGGGAUUGCCAAUCCUGAUGCUGAUGUAUUAGAAGAUGAAUCUCAGCUGUGCCUCUGGUGUUGGGAGACAAGAGAUAUGAAGCUGCUUCCCAUGUCUCAUCAUUGGAUUUUGAGCAUUCGGCGCAUAGGUCGGGAGAAAAUUCAUGAGAGGAUUUCUGCUCUUUCAGCAACACUGUCAGCAUUGUCCAUUCCAGAAAGCCAUGAAAAUUAUAAAACUGAGCUUUUGAAAGCAUUGGAAAAGCUUGGAAAAGCAAUAAAUGGAAUGGGAAUCAGGUCACUGGUUGAAAGGUUGAAACAAAAGAAUGUUACUGACAUGUGUGUGAGAGAAGCCAAGCCAAACGAGGUGUUAAUCAAGGAUUUUGACCCUAAGAAUGAGAAGAAAAGAGUGGAUCGUGAACUUCAGAAGGAGAAGUGUCAAGCUGAAAAGGAACUUAAGCGGCUACAAAAAGAAGCUGAAAAAGAGCAAAGACGUCAUGAAAAAGAACAAGCUGAACUGAGAAAACAAUGUAAAAGGCAGAAAGAAGAAGCUGAGAGGAAUCAACGACGCCGGGAAAAGGAAGAAGCUGAAUUGAGAAAGCAACUUGCCUUACAAAAGCAAGCUACAAUUAUGGAACGCUUUCUUAAAAGUAAGAAGAGCAAUGAUUGUUCAGACAACUCAAAGAAAAUGCCACCAAAAAAAGCUCCAGUAUCUGGAUCACCUUGUAAAACUGAAGAUCUUGUUGAAAUGAUGGACCGUGUCAUUUCUGAGGAAGCGAGCCUGCCUACUGUGGAGGACCUUCGCAAGUUGCAUGUUGCUAGCUGGCACAAAGCACGUUAUUCCAAUAGAUCCAACCGGUGGGGAGUAAGGCGAAAUCCAAAGGUUGAAUUGAUUAAAGAACUUAAGCUGCGAGGAUCAUCCAUUGGAAAAGUUCCAACUCCAAAUAAGGGUCUUGCCUGUAAUAAACUGAGUGGUAAUGGGGAACCAACCACGGAUACGCUGGUUGAUAAAUGGGAGGAAACUAUCCCAAAUGAAAUCUCAUGUCAGACUGAUGGCUAUGUGGCUCCAACUUGUGUCCUGUCAAUGAUCAAAAAGCUACUGCAGUUUGACAAGAGUCCCAGGCCUGCAUAUUAUGGUACAUGGCACAGGAAAAGUAGUGUUGUUGGGCCACGACACCCCUUUAAGAAGGACCCAGAUUUGGAAUAUGACAUUGACAGUGAUGAGGAAUGGGAAGAGGAGGAUCCGGGUGAAAGCCUGUCAGAUUGCAACGAGGACAAUGAGGAGGAACUGUUAGAUGAAGGAAGCCUAAAUAGGGAGGACGAAGAUGAAAAUGAAGACAGCUUCUUUGUGCCCGAUGGUUAUCUCUCAGAGGAUGAGGGUGUUCGAGUUGACAGCCCAUCAAAUGUCAUGGAGGAUGAGGCCAAAAGCUCAUCUUCUUUUAAGCUUGAGAUUGAAAGUGAGGAAUUCAGAGCAUCGCUCGGGCAUCAGAAGUAUCUUUGUACUGUGACUGAGCAGGCUCUCCGAAAGAAUCAACCAUUCGUCAUAUCAAAUCUCAUGCAUGAAAAAGUUGAACUAAUUUCAGCAGUGGGUCUAGUUGGGACACCAAAGUUUGAGCAGAUAUGUUUGCAAGCACUAUGCAUGCAACCCUGCCCUGGAGGCUCUAUCAUAGAUCAAUCAAUAAAUCACAAUUCAUCGAAGGACCAAGAGAUUUGCCGACCCCAAAGUAAGAGCAGCUCAACACCUGUAGUUUAUGCAGCAGUUAUUCCAGAUUCAAACCUCUCAGAAUUUGUUGAGUGCAUCCAGUCAUACCCUCAUGGGAUGAGCAAGUUGGUAGAUUUAUUGCACUGCAAAUUCCCAUCCAGCACCAAGUCCUGUUUGAGAACUAAAGUGCAUGAGAUAUCAGAUUUUGUGGAUAAUUGUUGGCAGGUUAAGAAAGAGGUUUUGGAUAGGCUUGGCUUGUCAAAUUCUCCAGACGAGAGCUGCAGGCCAAAAGGUACAGCAACUUUAUUCUCAAAGUGGUGUUUGCCUCCAUCAGAAGAUUCCAUGAAUGUUCCCAAAUCUACUCAGCCAUGCUUCAAGACAGAGGCUCAUCUUGUUGAAGAUCAGCACCGCAUAGACCCAGUCAUAGUCCGCUCUUCAUUUUAAGUCUUGGAGUUGCAGUAUUUAAGGGGUUUUGUAAUGCUGGUGCCUGCAAUCUCAUAUUGUGGCUGUUUUGUCAUCUCGGACUGGUUAUUAAGAGCAUCGACAGCUCUGGUACAGUGGGUGAUGUUUGUGUAUAUACAAGAAAAGAACGAAGGUUUUUCUUUUUUCUCUUUCUUCAGGAGCUUCUUCAAUUCUUGGUUCCAUGUUUAUGAGGGGAAGGUUAUAAAUUUUGCAAAAUAAAUUUCUAGAGGGAACUAUGUGAAACUGUCUUAAUCUGUAGAUUGGCAAUACGUAUCAGUAUUUUGUGAUCA